UGGAUUUAGGACCACCUUUCAGCUUGCCGUCCAUCACCGCUGUAGCGGUGAAGUCGGGAGCCGGCUUACCGACUCUGGCCAUGUUUAGUAUGAGAUGACAAGAAUUAGUAGAUCACGAUGGUGUGUGAGAUGGAAACCAGGACGCAAAGUCUGGCCGACUUCUCAAAGUCUUCUUGUAUUCGGGCCCAGCCAUGGCAUUCAAGCUACCUACCGAGAGCAUAAUGGACAUCUCACGAUCGUGGUUUCCGUUUGCGGACUCCUUUUGGGUGUAGCAAAGUCUGGAUUCUCUGCAAGACGGCGGGGUGUAAGAAUACCUUUGUUCCGGCUGCACAUUCCUUCAUUCCUUAGACCUCAUGUGGCUUGUGUUGAGGCUCUUCUAACCACGCCGAUCUUGAUCCGAGAAGAAGCGCGUUGAUGUUGAGCAGCUUUUGCAGUUGAUAGAAGGCUAGCUUGUAGAAGCCGCAGU